ACAGACCCAGGUGCCCGUGCAGGCCGACUUCGAUGCCAGCCAGGUGCGUCCCGGUCUGCCGGCCCCUCUGCCAGGACAGCCUCCUCCCACUUCUCCUUCCUCAUCCAGGCUCAGCUGGGGCUGGGACAUGGAAGAGACCCCUCCCAGGAGCCCCACUCCACAGCUGGUCCCCACCAUUCCUAGAGCCUGCCACUGCCACAACCCCAACCCCAGGUCAGGGUUGAUGGGGAGGAAGGAACAGCCCCGCUCAGCGGGGGCCUCCUCCCAGCCUCCCUCCCCGCCCGCAGUUCCAGGGCACCUGGUACGUGGUGGGGGCCGCAUCCGAUGACCAGAGCUUCCAGGACAGCAAGGACGACAUGAAGAUGCCCGUGGUCUUGGUGACCCCCUUGGCCAAUGGUGACCUGGCCCUGAAGUUCGGGUACCCCCUGCCCGAUGGCGGGUGUCAAAAGCUGGAGGCGACCUUCACCAAGGGUGCCGUGGCCGGGCAGUUCAGCAACCCAGCCAUGGGCCAGACCGACAUCCGCGUGGCCUUCACCGACUACCUGAACUUCGCGGUGCUGUACCUGGAGACCCGCCGGGGAGACACGCGCAACGUCUGGCUGCAGCUCUACGCCCGCGCCCCGGAGCUGUUCCCCGAAGGCGCGCAGAAGAUGCAGCUGCUGGGCCCCCAGGUGGGCCUGAACCCCAGCCAGGGCGCCCUGCUGCCCAAGACCGACCAGUGCGCCGGUGCCCUCGCCCAGUGAGGCCCCCUCCCCGAAGGCCGCCCGGCUCCUCUGCCCCAAGCAAAAUAAACGUCUCCGAAG